CAAUAGAUGUUCUUCAUCAUCUAGGCCUUGUGAAAGAUGUUCAACAGCCCUCGGAGACAACGGUGCCUUCAACAUCAUCUCUGUUACCUCAGGGUGUUCGUCUGACUGUAUCAGGAGUUGUACUAACUGGUGAUGCAUAUAUCGAGUCCCCGAUCACUCAAGUCAUACCAUCAAAUCUAGGGCAUCAGUUCACCAUAUUGGUUGGGUUGUACUCUUACAGAGUAAAUAAUGCUUUCCUUUUCAGUAUUAGGAACAAAAGUAGGCUGCAGUUUGGUGUCCAGCUGCUACCGAGAAAGGUAGUGGUGUACACUGGAGGGAAGCAGUCUGUACACUUUGAUUACAGUGUGCAUAAUGAACGAUGGCAUUCAUUUGCCAUUGACAUCAGAGGCAAGACUGUCUCAAUAUUCGCUGAGUGUGGAAAGAAGUACUAUAGCAAGGAAGUACUUUCUGAUGUGGAGACCUUUGAUUUGGAUGGUUUAUUUACCCUGGGAAGGAUGAACUCCCACUCUGUCAGCUUUGAAGGAGUUAUAUGUCAGCUAGAUAUUAUUCCUUCUGCAGAAGCCUCUGCAAACUAUUGUAAAUAUGUGAAACAGCAGUGCCGCCAGGCUGAAACGUAUCGAUCUCCUCUCGGAGAUCCGCAUGUGUCAGAUGGGCUGGAUAUUUUUUUGAAGAUGAUUGCUGAGAAAAACCAGUCAGAAGGUGUAUCAGCUUAUAGAAGGCAAGAAUCGUCAAACAUUCCUUUUACCGGUGUUACUCAGAUUCACUUUUUACCAGAAUACUUUGAGACAAGAAAUGUCUCUGCAUCAGCAUUUGCAGAGGCCAAAGCUUGGCCUGAAACAGAACUCCAGGAGAACGUCAGUCUGCCUCUUCAUCAGCAGGAGACGAGCAAAAAAAGAAACAUCACUAAAAACCCCACAGGAUCACGUCCAAAUAGUUUAGACAAUACCACAGAAGACGCAGGCAGACAAAAACCAAGCAAAAAGCAGCAAAUCUUCAAUACAAGCCUGUACAGUUUGCCUGCUGACCUCUCUCUGGAUAAUCAACUUAGUCCAGGGCAGGAAGGUGCAUUUGAUGCUGAUGAGACUUAUCACACAGAAAACAGUUAUGAAAUUGGUAUUGAUAAUUAUGCUUAUGACUAUGAAGAUCUUGACAAAAUGUUUGAAAUGGGAAGUGUCAGAGGUCCAAAGGGGGAAACUGGACCUCCUGGUCCUCCAGGUCCUCCAGGCUUACCUGGUCCAUCAGGAAAAAGAGGUCCUCGGGAGCAGCAGCCUUGCCAAGGGACAGAGCCCAGGCUCUGCCACAGUGAGCAGAACCCCAUGCCCCAGCUGCCAAGAGCAUGGGAGAAGCCUGUGCCUCUUCAAAGACUAGCUGAUGGGGCAAAAGAGGGUAAAUCUGUCUUUGCGCAACUGUGCGCAAAAGAAAAUGUUUACAAAGUCCCUGAGGUCAUGGUUGGUUUUGUGGGCUUUAGGGGGAUUCCAGGACCACAUGGUAAUCCAGGUUUGCCAGGAUUGCCAGGUCCAAAGGGCCCUAAAGGAGACCCAGGAUUCUCUCCAGGACGAGCAAAACGUGGAGAAAAGGGUGAUCCAGGCCCCAUGGGCUUUCCAGGCCCCCCUGGGAUCAAAGGCCAGAAGGGUCUUAAGGGUUAUCUGGGACUGCAGGGGCCACGGGGUGAGCAGGGAAUUCCAGGAAUGGCUGGCAAUAUUGGGGCAGUUGGUUACCCUGGCAGGCAGGGGUUAGCUGGACCAGAAGGUAACCCAGGUCCUAAAGGUCUAAGAUCUGAAUCUGGUAGUGCAGAAUCCAUCUCUGCUACUCCCUUUGCAAGCUGUACUGUCAUUUCUGCCAAGUCAGCAGCAUGUUUCUGUGUCCCUACAACUGAUUGUAUGAGGGAAUCUAUUUCUGACUUCGAGAGGAAGGGUUUCAUUGGACCUCCAGGUGUGGCAGGACAAAUAGGACCUGAAGGAGAAAGGGGUUUUCCAGGUGACUUUGGAAAUAGAGGCCCCCCUGGUCCAGAUGGGAAUCCUGGAAUUGUUGGUGGUGUUGGUCCUCCUGGAUUUCCAGGGCUAAGGGGAGGCACUGGGCCAGCAGGACCAAGUGGACCAUCGGGAAUUCCGGGGCCCACGGGUGAACAUGGCCUUGCAGGAGAGCCAGGAGACCAGGGGUACCCAGGAGACAAGGGUGCUCUUGGUUUACCAGGACCUCCAGGGGUCAGAGGAAAGCCAGGACCUCCAGGCAAAAUUGGAGAUCCCGGAUCCCAAGGACCAUUGGGUCCUCCUGGACCUGAGGGUUUUCCAGGGGAUAUUGGUGCACCUGGAUUAAAUGGCCCUGAAGGUCCUAAGGGACUUCUGGGUGACCGAGGGCCUCCAGGGCCACAAGGCCCCAAAGGAGUUGAGGGAGAAGUAGGACCACCUGGACCUAUUGGAGCAGUGGGCCCAAGAGGAAAGCCAGGACAAAAAGGUUAUAUAGGUGAUCCUGGACUAGAAGGUUUAAAGGGAGAACAAGGAGACCAAGGAAACCUUGGAAAAACCGGUGAAGCA